UGCUGUUGCAACGACAAAUUUCGUGCGUUUCUUUUCUUUGGCAAUCAAUCGAAACAGAUUGGCGUGCGUUUUCUCUCUUUGGCAAUCAGGUGAACAGAUUGGCAUUUGAUUACGAAACCUAUUUGUUCUUAUUUCUGAUCGGAAACGGAGGUGAAUAAUCAUUUUUGAUUUGAAACGGAGCGGAGGAGAUGAGUUUCAGGGACGAGAAUGAGGAAGGGAGGGAUCUCAGGAAGCCCUUUCUGCACACAGGAAGUUGGUACCGUAUGGGAUCCAGGCAAUCCAGUAUGCUUGGCUCAUCGCAUGCCAUUCGUGAUAGCUCUGUUUCAGUUCUUGCCUGCGUCUUGAUCGUCGCUCUCGGUCCAAUCCAGUUUGGUUUUACCUGUGGCUAUUCAUCUCCCACUCAGUCUGCUAUAAUGAAGGAUCUUCGGCUCACAGUUCCGGAGUACUCUUUAUUCGGUUCUUUGUCCAAUGUCGGUGCUAUGGUUGGGGCUAUAUCCAGUGGUCAGAUUGCUGAAUACAUUGGGCGAAAAGGAUCUUUGAUGAUUGCUGCAAUUCCUAAUAUUAUAGGGUGGCUGGCUAUAUCAUUUGCCAAAGAUUCUUCUUUCCUUUACAUGGGGAGGUUGUUGGAAGGUUUUGGUGUGGGAAUAAUCUCAUAUACGGUUCCCGUUUAUAUUGCUGAGAUUGCUCCUCAAAACUUAAGAGGAGGCCUCGGCUCUGUUAACCAGCUCUCUGUCACCAUUGGAAUAAUGCUGGCUUAUCUUCUCGGACUUUUUGUACCGUGGCGACUGCUUGCAGUUCUGGGAAUUUUACCUUGUACCGUCUUGAUACCUGGAUUGUUUUUUAUCCCAGAAUCUCCCCGGUGGCUGGCGAAAAUGGGUAUGACGGAAGAAUUUGAAACAUCCUUGCAAGUUCUUCGGGGAUUUGAUGCUGAUAUCACUACCGAAGUGAAUGAAAUCAAGAGGUCUGUAGCAUCCACAAGCAAAAGAACGACGAUUCGGUUUUCAGAACUCAAGAGGAGAAGAUACUGGCUUCCUUUGAUGAUUGGCAUUGGGUUACUAAUGCUCCAGCAGCUUUCUGGAAUUAAUGCAGUUUUGUUCUAUUCGAGUACCAUAUUUGCAGCUGCCGGUGUUAAAUCAAGUAACGUUGCUACAUUUGGGCUCGGUGCAGUCCAGGUUAUUGCCACUGCGGUGACGACAUGGUUGGUUGACAAAUCAGGCCGUCGAAUUCUCCUUAUCGUGUCCACAGCUGGAAUGACAUUUAGCCUUUUAAUUGUUUCCGUCGUAUUCAUUUUGAAGGAUCUUACCCCAGACACCUCCACUUUAUACACUGUACUGAGUAUGUCAUCAGUUGCUGGUGUUGUGGCACUGGUGGUUUUUUUCUCUCUGGGUCUUGGGGCUAUUCCAUGGGUCAUAAUGUCUGAGAUUCUUCCCAUCAAUAUAAAGGGUCUUGCGGGAAGCAUGGCAACGCUUGCUAACUGGUUCAUUGCUUGGUUGGUCACCAUGACUGCAAACUUGCUCUUAGAAUGGAGCAGUGGAGGGACGUUCGCCAUCUACAUGCUUGUGAGUGCUUUCACCAUGGCAUUUGUUAUACUUUGGGUCCCUGAGACGAAAGGAAGAACGCUGGAAGAAAUUCAGUUCUCCUUCAGAUAAGAAGGUUGUUGAUUUUGUUCGUCUUUGGUACCUCGCCUGUUGGAAAGAAGCUUAUUUAUGCAGUUCUCCCUUUGCAACUCAUCCAACACAACACUGCACUGCAAAAUAGUAAAUAUGCAUAUUUCCCCCUCAAUAUAUAAGAUAGCUAGUGCCUUGAAGCCAGCAAUUCCCGUGUUGCAUCUUUUGUAAUAUUGGCACAGAUUAUGCAAAAUUCUUGAAGAAAUGGUUACCUAA